GGAUGAAAGACCGGGAUCAGGUUCCUGGGGAACGGGAGAUCAAAACAGCUCCACGUUUGACCAAGGAAGGAGCUAUGGUGAAGGCCCCCACUAUGGUGAGCACCGGGACCUGCCGUCGCACAACAGCUUGUCUUCAUCUCCAUUCCUGGGACCUGGACUAGUGGGGAAGAGCGGUGAAAGAGCCUCGUACUCCACUUUUGGAAGAGACGCCGCCGGGAUGCCAGGGCUGAGCCAGACUGGUUUCCUGCCCAGCGAAAUGGGAAUCGCCAGUCCGAGCACGCUUUCCCCCACCGGAGUGAAGGGGGGGUCUCAGUAUUUUUCUUACCCCAACAAUCCUCGCAGGAGAGGUGCUGAGAGCAGCAUAGCAGAUGGACAGCCCAAAAAGGUUCGGAAGGUGCCUCCUGGACUCCCCUCCUCGGUGUAUCCAUCCAACUCAGGUGAUGACUACAGCAGGGAUCCGGCUGGAUACACUCCCUCAAAACCUCCCAGCACUGUAUACCCCGGAGCCUUCUAUAUGGCAGACGGGCUUCACAACUCGCCAGACCUGUGGAGCUCCCCUGGUGCCAUGAGCCAGUCCAGCUACGGGGCCAUGCUGGGCAGUUCCUCCUCCCCUCUCCCACAGUCCGCCAGCUUCAACAGUUUACAUCAGCACGAACGCAUGAACUACCAGCUGCAUUCAGGAGAGGUGAAUGGCGGGCUGCCCUCCGUGUCAGGCUUCUCCUCUGCCUCCACCCCAUAUGGCGUCUCCAGCCACACGCCGCCGAUCAGUGGGACCGACACCAUGAUGGGUAACAGAGGAACCACGGCUGGGAGCUCGGGAGACGCUCUUGGGAAGGCACUAGCUUCAAUUUAUUCCCCAGAUCACUCUAGCAAUAACUUCUCAUCAAACCCCUCCACACCGGUCGGCUCCCCGCAGGGCCUUGCAGGCACAUCCCAGUGGUCUCGAGCGGGCGGACAGGGUGCCUUAUCUCCCAGCUACGAAGGGAGCCUCCACACUUUACAAAACAAAAUGGAAGACAGGUUGGACGAAGCCAUCCACGUGCUGAGGAAUCACGCCGUGGGCCAGACGGCCGCCAUGCCAAGCAACCACGGGGACAUGCAUGGGCUGCUGGGCUCUGCUCCCGCACACAGUGCUGCUGUGGGCAGCCUGGGCCAGGCCUUCCCUGCCUCUGUCAUGUCCCUGGGGGGUCGACACCCCAGCCUGGUGGGAGGAGGUCACCCUGAAGACGGGCUGUCCAGCACCCCCAGCAUGCUCCACAACCAUGUCACACUUCCAUCACAGCCCAGCUCACUCCCUGACCUCAACAGGCAGCAGGACACGUACAGUGGCUUGUCAGGGGGGCUGGGGCGAAGCAGCGUCUCCUCGGGAACCAACGAGAUAAAGAGGGAAGAGAAGGAGGAUGAGGAGAACACAUCAGUGGCAGAUAACUCUGAAGAGGAGAAGAAGGAGCUGAAACCCUCCCGGAAUAGAACAAGGUGCUCUUUGAACAGCAGUACAGACGAGGCCUUAUCACUGGAGGACAAAGAUCUGAGGGACCGGGAGAGGAGAAUGGCCAAUAACGCCAGGGAGAGGGUGCGCGUGCGGGACAUUAACGAGGCCUUUAAGGAGCUGGGACGCAUGUGUCAGAUGCACUUAAAAACGGACAAAGCACAGACCAAACUGAUCAUCCUCCAGCAAGCGGUGCAGGUCAUUCUGGGCCUGGAGCAGCAAGUACGAGAGCGCAAUCUGAACCCCAAAGCUGCCUGCUUGAAACGUCGGGAAGAGGAGAAAGUAUCCGGAGUGGUGGGAGACCCCCAGAUGACACUUUCAGCUUCGCAUCCUGGUCUCGGAGACGCUCACAACCCCGUUGGACACAUGUAAAGAUCCUUUUGUUCCUCUGGACGCGGAGAUCCACAGGAUGCGAAUCCUCGCUGCGAUCUGCGACCUUCCCGACCCAUAAACUUUAGUCCUGCUCAUACUGACACACGUGGACGGAUCCUGGCGUGACGUAAGGGGUGGAAAAACACUUUGAAACGCAAACAAACAAACAAACAAAAUUGCCUUAAGUAUAAAGCGCGGAACAGUCAAUACAUAUCACUCAGUUAGGAGGGGGUGGCGUGUUCUCUUGGCUUGUUCACAAGCAGCCAGCAGCAAAAUUGUGCCUAAGCUUCGUAUUUCUCUCUUUUUUUUUCUUUUUUUUUUUCUUUUUUUAAA